GCGGAGAGAAGCACUUCCUGGAGAGUGUUUGUGUUGUUUAGUUUCUCACACUCGCUGUUUUUCUCGCUUUAUCAUGGUUUAUUCUCGUGUUGGUGUCUGCUGUCCGCGCUGACUGCUGUCUGCUCUGGUAUGGAGUCUCCAGCGGUGGAUGAUGAUAUCUGUAUCCUGAAGCAUGAGACGGCGUACGUCUCGCCCGAGAGCCCCGUGUCCGCGUGCGCCGGAGACGAGUCGGUGGCGUCUCACUUCGCUCUGGUCACCGCCUACGAGGACAUCAAGAAGAGACUCCGAGACACGGAGAAGGAGAACGGCCUGCUGCGCCGGAGAGUCAAGCAGCUGGAGGACAAGCAUCUGACGGAGCAGCUGCAGGCCAAAGAACUGGAGCUUCUGCAGCUCAGAUCGGAGAUGGAAACAAGCCAAGUGAUGAAGAGUCUGACGGAUACGGCGGAUUACUGGCAGGUGGACAGAUGCAGCAGUGAAAUGAAGAUCCACUCGCUGCAGGAGCAGCUGGAGCGCUUACAGUUAGAGAACGACGCGCUGCACAAGCUCUGCAGGGCCGGACAGGAUGUUUGUGAAAACUGUGUAGUUGAUGAUGAUCAGUCUCAUGAAGCUUUGACAGACGUCAGGACGAUGGCAAUCGUUGAGUCGUAUCAGGGCAUCCUCAGUGAAGUGUCCCGUUUGCAGUCAGUCGCUCGGUCUCAGUCGGAGCUGGUGAGGAAGAUGAGAGAGAGACCGGCGCUGCCUGUCUUCAGACGAGCUGCUUCAACUGUUCCAGUGCAGUGCCUGGAUGAUGUGCAGAAGAGCAGUGUCCCUCGUCCCCCCAGCGCGCCUCCGCUGCCCUCGGUCCCAGACGGCCCCCAGGACCCCUGGCCCCUCCCGCGUCCGGCCCCGCUGGGCAGCCCCGGCGUGCGGCUCAAUCCCCCCCCACGCAUGAGCUCGCUGGACGACAGCUCCUGGUCCUUCCCCAGCCCUCCUCGACCCAGUGAUGCUCUGUUCUGGGACCAAACCAAGCCCAAGAGCCCCGUCGGAGACUGGGGCCAACCGUACUGAAUCCCGGCCCCGGCCCUCCACACCUUACCUGCCUUAACACACACAUCCCUCUCUGGAUGAUCCCGGAUGAGCAAAUACCUCGAGCAGACUGGGAUGGAGAAACCCUUGAGAGGACGCGUUCCUGACUAGGGUUGGGUAUCAUUUGAAUUUGAUCAAUUUCGAUUCCGAUUCUUAGCGAUUAAGCCAAACAUUUAGAUAUCAAACAUAUUUGAGACCCUGGAGCACAAAACCAGUCAUAAGGGUCAAC